AGGUGUGCUCUGAGCAAGCCGAGACUGGUCCCUGCCGCGCGAUGAUCACCCGCUGGUACUUUGACGUGACCAAAGGAAAGUGCGCGCCCUCUUUUACGGCGGGUUUCUUUUACGGCGGCUGCCGCGGGAACCGGAACAACUUUGACUCGGAGGAGUACUGCAUGGCGGUCUGUGGCAGCGUCAUCCCUACUACUGCUGCUAGCACUCCUGAUGCUGUUGACAAAUAUUUGGAGACACCUGGAGAUGAGAAUGAACAUGCCCAUUUCCAGAAAGCCAAAGAGAGACUUGAAGCUAAGCAUCGUGAAAGGAUGUCUCAGGUCAUGAGAGAGUGGGAAGAGGCAGAACGCCAAGCAAAGAACUUGCCAAAGGCUGACAAGAAAGCUGUCAUCCAGCAUUUCCAGGAGAAAGUGGAAUCCCUGGAACAAGAAGCAGCAAAUGAAAGACAGCAGCUGGUGGAGACUCAUAUGGCACGGGUGGAAGCCAUGCUGAAUGACCGUCGCCGCAUUGCUCUGGAGAACUAUAUCACAGCCCUGCAGACUGUCCCACCCAGGCCUCGUCAUGUAUUCAACAUGCUGAAGAAGUAUGUGCGUGCUGAGCAGAAGGACAGACAGCAUACUCUCAAACACUUCGAACAUGUCCGCAUGGUAGACCCAAAGAAAGCUGCCCAAAUCAGGUCUCAGGUUAUGACACAUCUACGUGUGAUAUAUGAACGCAUGAACCAGUCUCUCUCCUUCCUCUACAAUGUGCCUGCUGUGGCAGAGGAGAUCCAGGAUGAAGUCGAUGAAUUACUUCAGAAAGAGCAAAACUAUUCUGAUGAUGUUUUGGCCAAUAUGAUCAGCGAACCCAGAAUCAGCUAUGGAAAUGAUGCUCUCAUGCCUUCAUUGACGGAAACUAAGACCACAGUUGAACUUCUUCCAGUGGAUGGGGAGUUCAGCCUAGACGACCUUCAGCCAUGGCAUCCCUUUGGUGUUGAUUCUGUUCCAGCCAAUACUGAAAAUGAAGUUGAGCCAGUUGAUGCCCGCCCAGCUGCAGACAGAGGACUCACCACACGACCAGGUUCCGGGUUGACCAAUGUUAAAACAGAAGAGAUAUCUGAAGUGAAGAUGGAUGCGGAGUUCCGACAUGACUCAGGAUAUGAAGUUCAUCAUCAAAAGCUGGUGUUCUUUGCUGAAGAUGUGGGUUCAAAUAAAGGUGCCAUCAUUGGACUAAUGGUAGGAGGUGUUGUCAUAGCAACAGUGAUUGUCAUUACUUUGGUGAUGCUGAAGAAGAAGCAGUACACAUCUAUCCAUCAUGGGGUUGUGGAGGUGGAUGCUGCAGUGACACCAGAGGAGCGCCACCUUUCCAAGAUGCAGCAAAAUGGCUAUGAAAAUCCCACCUACAAGUUCUUUGAACAGAUGCAGAACUAGGACACCACAGCAGCCUCAUGAGUUGGACAGCAGAAUGAUUGCUUCACUGCCCAUCGGUGUUCGGUUAUAGAAUAAUGUGGAAAGAAAAACACUCUGUUUUAUUAUUUACUCAUUCUCGCCUUUUGACAGCUGUGCUGUAACACAAGUAGAUGCCUGAACUUGAAUUAAUAAAAUCAGUAAUGUAUUUUCUCUCUCUUUCUCUUUACAUUUCAGUCUUUACAUUAUUAAUGAAUGUUUUUUGUGUACUGUAAAGAGGUUAGCUGUAUUUAACUAGUGCAUGGAUAGAUUCUCUUUCACAAUUAUUUAUCAUGUAGCUCCUUAGCCAGUUGUAUAUUAUUCUUGUGAUUUGUGACAAAAAUUAAGUCCUAAUUGAAAUAUGCUUUAAGGAUGGGGGAUGCUUUCUGUGUCUGUGGGGUUUAGCUGCUUCUCUUUGCUGAGCAUUUUUUUCUGAUCACUAUGCAUUUUAAAGUAAAACAACAUUUUUUAAAAAGUAUUCCAGAUGAGUUAUUGAAAUUCUUUUCUUCUGCAGCUGCAUUUUAUUGUACAGAUUGUUGCUCCUGCUGUAUUAGUGACGUAGAAAUCAUGGGAAUACACAUUCGUUUCUUUGUGCCUGUUUUAUGUGCACACUUUAGGCAUUGAAAGGUAAACUUUAUUUUCUUUUCCAUGUAUCUUUUUGAUCUUAAAAAAAUAUUAAAAAGAAUCCCUGUUAAUUGUGAGCACUUCUGGGGGGGAAAAGUGCCUGCUGGUCGAAAAUUAACGGGGAUCCUCUGCAGGAUGAUUGUACAGAGCCAUUGCUUAUGAAUUGAUAGCUUUCUACACUGUGUUACAUAAAUAAAUUAAGAAAAAACCAUAUUUGGGCAAGAGUUUUCUUUGGAGGCAUAAAACAGAUUUCUGAAAGCCAAUUAAACAGAAAACAUGGAUGUUCACACAGAGAGGGUUGGGAAGGGAUCCUUCCUACAAGGAUCAUGGCACUCGCAGUAGGACCAGAGUGGAAGGGGGCCACGAGGCAGGGGGGGGGUGAGGGAUGCCGACUUUGGCACAUCUGCCCCUCUGAGGCGUCGUCUCUUUUUUUUUCCUUCUUCCUUUCUUUCGGUUUGUAUAAUAGUGUUUUAAUGUAAAUAAACAUGUUCCUAGAGGA